GUCUGGACUCCCGUCUGGUCGCGGCUUCAGAACCGGUGAGAAUACUGCAGAGCGGAGGGGUGGUGAAGACAUGAGCACAUCCAGCAGAUGGAGCCCUCUUUCAACGCCGUAGAGCUCCGGGAGCUGCGGGGUGGAGGAGCUCGGCAAGGCGUGUCUUCGACGCCAGCCUCUGCGCCCUGGACAGCAGCCACAGCAGGCUACACCGCCCGGGGCUUCGAGAACGCCUCCUACCAGCAGGACGAGGAGCCCGUGGCCCGCCAGCAGGGGGCUACUGUGCCAGCCUCGACUUCAGACAGCAGCAAGGGGGAGCAGCAACAUCAGGAGCUCUCUCCGCGGUCUUACGAUGAGGAGGAAGGAGGCGGAGGGCAGGAGGAAGGUCAGGAGUUCACUGAGUUCAACCCCACCGACGACAACACCGCGGACUAUGGCUUCAUCUUCGCCCUGGUGUUCCUGGUGAGCGGGAUCGUCCUGGUGGUCAUUGCCUACACCAUCCCCCGAGAGGCCAAAGUUGAUCCGGACUCCGUAUCAGCCCGCCAGAUGGAGAAGCUGGAGAUGUACUACGCCCAGCUGGGCUCCCACCUUGACAAGUGCAUCAUCGCGGGCCUGGGCCUACUGACUUUGGGGGGGAUGUUCCUGUCUGUGCUGCUCAUGGUGUCCAUCUGCCGCGGCGAGAUGUACCGACGCAGGGCGGCAUUUGUCCGACCCAAGAGGACUUACGGCUCCAUCAACCUGAGGAUGAAGCAGCUGCCGACUGGAGAGGCAGGGGGAGGUGGUGGCGAGGGAGAGGACGGAGGAGAGGAUUUUUUGGUGGAACACGCAGAGAUGCGGAAUGACACACAGCCAGGUCCGAGCCGGGACUCCAAAUCAGAACCGGGACCGAGCAGGAACAACACUCCUCCCCCUGCUGCUGCUGCUGCUGCUGCUUCAUCCUCUAUUUCAUCAGCUGUCAACUAGAUCUCUUUAACUUUUUGCAUCCUGCCUUCCUCUGAUGUGAGAAGCAAAUUGGGGAUGCAAAAUGGUGCAGGUCCCCAGACAGGAGAAGCACAUGUUGAGCACACUGCUCUCUGCUGGCCAGGCUUUAACCCAGCAUUCUGGGAUAUUUAUUCUAACCAAUCAUAAAGGAUGUAUUACUAAACAAAAGAGGGCUCAAGCCACUAGAAGAAGAUAGGUAAGCCAAUGUUUCUGUGGAAACGAGCACAUCUGGAGCUGAAUGAUUGCAUAUCAACCAUUAGAAGACUACAAUAUCAAUCAUAAUAUGUUAAUCAGAGUUUUAAAAGAAAGCACAUUGUGUACGACAGCCCUGGAGGUUUGUCGCUACUGCAGAAAGUAAAUAUGUUUUUACUUUAUUUAUUAAUAAAGUAAAAACUUUAUUUAUUAAUUAAGUCCAGCGCUGAUCCUCAUCCAUCAGGGGAUCUAAAGAUGUUGGACAUUUAACCCCAAUCACAAUAAAUUAUAUCGAACUAUCAAUGCUGCUGUGAGUAUCACUUAAAUCUGACAGGGCCGUGUUGUCACUGGACUGCCUAAAUAAAGUAUUAUGGAAAUUGUGAUGCUAACUAUACAGAGGCAACAUUUUUUAACACUUACAUCAACGACCAACAAAAAAGUAAGGAAGAUUAAGCAUAAAAUGUUUUUCAUUUAAAAAAGCGAAGGCAUUUCUGAAAUUAUAGAAUGUGACAUAAAUUGAUGUUUCCUUUCUAUUUAAAUUGUCUGAUUGCCUUAUUUCUUUACCUUUGUAUAAAUUCCCUGAUUUAUUAACUAUUUUAUUAUUUUUCCUUUUUAUUCAUGCAUUUUAAUUCAUUUAUUUAUUAAUUUUCUUUUGCAUUUUAAAAAAUUUAGUUUAUGUUUAACUUUUAACGUUUUUAAUUUUUUCCCCUUUUUAUUUUCCCUUCUUUUAAAUUUUUUUUUUUUUAAUUGCCCAGUAAGCAUUGAAUCAGCAGCCUAAGAUUUUCUUACUUGGUUUGUUAAUCAGGAAUCAUCUUUGUCCCUGAAUGGAAGCUGUCUUUAAGCCUUUUUUUCCUCCUGAACAACAACAGGUGUUUUCAUCACAGGAAUGUCUGUGGCUGAAUAGAUUUUUGGGUAGUUAAGUAAAAACUGCAACUGCAGACAACAAGACAACAAGAAAAGUUAGGUGAAGGCAUGAAAAUCAACACCUUUCACUGCUGGUAUCUGAAGGCCAAUACAUUUUUCUUACAGGGAAUAAAAACAAACAAGAACUAAAAAAAUCACGUCAGAUAUUCAGUGUCUUGCUGCAUCAACCAAAAUCUGUUGCCUCAUGUUUAUGAAUCAGCAUUUUCAUCACUUUCCAACAGCACCGGAGAGUAAAUCUUUGUAUCAUGUUGCAAGUAAAUAUCCACCAAUACUGAAUUAUUAUAUAUUUAUCCGACAUUUAAACUAGCUACAAGCUGCUGUCACAAGAAAAACCUCACAGCUCCGGAUACAAAAUCUAUACGAAAUGUGCUUUAAAAAAAACUCACAAAAAAAAAACAAAAAAAAAACAACAACUAACAGUUUUUUCCUACGUUAGUAUGGAGAGAAAGCUUGUUUUGACUGGAAUGUACCUUUAACGACACAGCGCUUACUCUUUUUACUACAGUAUGCCUUAAUGAGUAAACACAGACACUGUAAAUUGUGUAUACGCAACUAUUAUCAUGCUAAUAUAUUAAGGUCUGUAUGUAGCCUGUAGGGGUGAUAUCCGGCCAACGUGGUUGUAGUCAACGGCUCCGAGAAAUUAUGAAAAAAGAAAUAGUAGUAAUGUUUUGAAUUAAUUAAAUAAAUUCUAGUAUUAAAUGAAUCCUAGCACCACUAUCAUAAUACUGGUAAUACUGGAAUAAUCCUUACUGUAUACCUACUUUUGCAGCCCCUUGUUUAUAAGUCAGCUGUCUUUGUGAGGACAUCUUAAAUCUAACAUUUUCAAACACUGACGUACUAAUCUCAAGGUGCAUAUUAGAAUAUGUUCCACAUUUUAUUUCGCAGUACAAAUUUACUGUAAAUACUUCGUAUGUAGACAUGUCGGCUAUAGAGGAACAGCAAGAAUGAAACGCUCAGAAACCAAAUAUGCAAAUCCUCAUCACAGUUGGAGCAGUUUAUUU